UGUUGUGCGUGAGUCUGUGGGUUGAGCCCACAUUCUGAGCUUCUCUCGGUUGCUGGGUCUCACUCCUUCUCUUAAUCCUCCCUCUCCUCAUCCUGGGCGAUAUCAUCGACGGUUCACAGCAGCAUCGACUAUCCGGCGACGGACCUUUUCAUCGCUUCACGAUCGGUGCCAUUGGAAACCCAAAGCCCCGCCAAUUAGCAAUCGGGAGCUUGGUGCGUUCGUCGCUAUCUCCUCUGCUUUAUGCGUCGCUUUUUGGUUCUGGGUUGGGAGGAUUAGUUGGAGUUUUGCAGUUCAGUGCGUCUCUUUAGUUGCGCUGCGGUUUGGGUUGCGGCUGACCCUGAGGAAGGAGGUUUUUCGUGUAUUGGGUAGAGCCUUGGGUUGAGUGAGGUUUUGUUGGGCUCUUAACGGCGAUGGCUGCAGCUCCGGCUCUUCCGCAAUACCAUGGCCUCCGUGCUGCCUCGAAGAGCACGGUCCAAGCGCAACGUCCCUCACAGUUUCCCGCCUCAUCAAAUGGGAAUGUUGGAGCUUCCCGAGUGCGAUGUUCGGCUCAGAGCGCUCCCAAGAGAGAAACGGACCCAAAGAAGAGGGUUGUAAUCACUGGAAUGGGCCUGGUGUCGGUCUUCGGGAAUGAUGUCAAUACUUUCUACGACAAGCUUCUGGAGGGGACCAGCGGUAUCGACAUCAUUGACAGAUUCGAUAUAUCCAAGUUCCCUACGAAAUUUGCUGGACAGAUAAGGGGGUUCAGUGCAAAAGGAUACAUCGAUGGUAAGAACGAUCGCCGCCUGGACGAUAGUCUUCGGUAUUGCCUAGUCAGUGGAAAAAGAGCGCUUGAAGACGCCGGCCUCGGUGGAGAAAACUUGAAUCAGGUAGAUAAGCAAAAGGUGGGCGUUCUCGUGGGAACUGGCAUGGGUGGGCUUACAGUAUUCUCAGAUGGUGUCCAAGCUUUGGUGGAAAAGGGCCAUAAGAGGAUCACACCAUUCUUCAUACCUUACGCGAUUACGAAUAUGGGAUCUGCUCUUCUCGCCAUCGACCUUGGUCUGAUGGGUCCCAACUACUCGAUCUCAACUGCUUGUGCCACCUCCAACUACUGUUUCUACGCAGCCGCCAACCACAUUCGGAGAGGGGAGGCUGAUAUGAUGAUCGCUGGAGGCACAGAGGCAGCCAUUCUUCCGAUUGGGUUGGGUGGUUUUGUGGCUUGCAGGGCUUUGUCGACGAGGAACGACAGCCCGCAAACCGCUUCCAGGCCUUGGGACAAGGAACGAGAGGGGUUCGUGAUGGGCGAGGGUGCUGGUGUAUUGGUUAUGGAGAGCCUGGAGCAUGCCUUGAAGCGAGGCGCACCAAUUGUAGCGGAGUAUCUGGGAGGUGCAGUGACGUGUGACGCAUACCAUAUGACAGAUCCCCGCGCCGACGGGUUGGGUGUUUCCACGUGUAUUGAGAAGAGUUUGGCAGAUGCAGGAGUCGCCACUGAGGAGGUUAACUACAUUAAUGCGCAUGCUACAUCUACAGUCGUGGGUGAUUUAGCGGAAGUGAACGCCAUUAAGAAGGUCUUCAAAAACACAUCAGAGAUUAAAAUGAACGCAACAAAGUCCAUGAUUGGGCACUGCCUUGGAGCUGCUGGAGGUUUAGAGGCGAUUGCUACGAUCAAAGCUAUUGAAACCGGAUGGUUGCAUCCAUCAAUUAAUCAAUUCAAUCCUGAGGAGUCGGUGACAUUUGACACUGUGCCCAAUGUCAAAAAGCAGCAUGAAGUAAAUGUUGCUAUCUCAAACUCAUUUGGGUUCGGUGGACACAAUUCCUGCGUUGUUUUCGCUCCUUACAGGCCUUGAAGAAGCGCACUAAAGAUUCCUGUUAUUUUCACACGAUUUUUUCUGUUCGGUAGGGUAGAAUUUGGAAACAGCGGUGACUGCUAGGUUCAUUCAUGUCGUCAAAAGGUACAAAAGGAGUGUGAAGGACAUCAAGAAAAGGUCGCAUUUUAAUUCAAGGUCUCUGAAGUUGAUUCUGAUGUCUUAUGGCCAAUUCAUACCACGAUGUUCGUAGAUUGAAAUUUGAAAGUAAAUUGGUUCGAGUAGUGUUGGUUGUAUUCGUGCAGCGGAUGUUACACCUUUUUUAUGUGCAUUUGGAUAUUGUCCUUGAGUGCGCCGAGAAGUAGUCCAAGUUGUCAUUUUUACCAAU